UAAACGGUUGGAUGUUUACAGCUGCGCUUAAUUCUUGCCAAGAAUUUGGCUCUUCCUCCCUGAAAACGAUUGUCGGAUUGCAUUGAUUCGUUUCUCAACAGACGAAGAAUAACGCAUAGUAGUGAACAGGAAGCGUUCACUGGACAACCGAAAACCUCCUGCAAUGAGCUCCCUGAUCAUUCAAUAAGUCUUAAUCAUUCCCCGUGUUCAGUUAGCUAACUAGCUUACACUGAGUUGAACAUUUUGGUUGUGUUCCAUAUAUUAACUAGUUAGCUAUGACAUCCUCCAUGAUAGUCCCUGUUAUUGAUGUGCAAAAUGAUAAUUUCAAAGAACUGUGGCCUGCUAUGAUCCUUGCAAUCAAGACAGCCUCCUUCAUUGCACUGGAUACAGAAUUGAGUGGGCUUGGAAGCAGAAAAGCUCUGCUGGCAGAAUGCAUAGAGGACCGUUACAAAGCCAUAUGCAAUGCAGCUCGCACACGCUCCAUUCUCUCCCUUGGGUUUGCUUGCUUUAAGAAACUUGAAAACAAGGAUGAUGAUACGUACCUUGUGCAGGUGUACAACCUGACGUUGCUCUGCAGUGAGGAGUAUGUAAUUGAACCACAAUCUGUGCAGUUCCUGGUGCAACAUGGAUUUGACUUCAACAAACAAUAUGCUGAGGGUGUCCCUUAUCUCAAGGGCAAUGACAAGGGAGGGGAUUCCAAUGGAAUAAACAUGCGGAUGCUGUUUGUGGAACUCCUGCGUGCUCGCAAGCCAUUGGUUCUACACAAUGGCUUGAUCGACAUGGUGUUCCUGUAUCAGUGCUUCUAUGCCCACCUGCCAGAUAAACUUGGCACUUUCACUGCUGACCUGUCCCAGAUGUUCCCAGCUGGGAUAUAUGACACCAAGUACACCACAGAGUAUGAGCUGCGCUUUGCUGCCUCUUACCUGGAGUAUGCCUACAAGAAAUGUAAAUUGGACAACAUGAAGUCUCUUGAGGUUGGUGGUAAAGGGCACCAUCUGUUCCUGGAGUUCUGCAAAUACUCAGGCCACCUGUCCAGCUAUGUGGACUUCAGGCCCUGCCUGGCCGGGUCUAGCCUGGAGGGACCGCUGAAUGUCUGCCAGCGUUUCUCUGCUUACGGUUGGUGCCCCAAUGGGUCACAGUGUCCCUUGUCACAUGACACUGACCUCAUCAUCCAGCACGAUGAAAAAAACCAGGUGGAAAAGAAAAAGAAACGGAAGAGGAAAAGAAAAAACUCUUCUCAGGGAAACGUGGACAUUGAAGGUGCCUCUGAGAAUAAGCAGGUCCAUAUGGAGCUGAAGGAUGGAGAGCAGGGCCCGGACCAGUUGAUCCCUGACAGCAAACCUCCCCCUGCCACAGAGCAGGUAGAUGGGACUCCGGUACAGGGGUCAGAGAGCGGUGAGAAAAUGGUAACCGAGAAGGUAGAGGAAGGCAACGGAGUCGCAAAGCCACAGGCUGUGUCUGCAGAUGAAGAAAUUAAGACUGACAAAGAAAAGGUGGAAGGCAACGGAGUCGCAGAGCCACAGGCUGUGUCUGCAGAUGAAGAAAUUAAGACUGACAAAGAAAAGGUGGAAGGCAAUGAUGUGUCAGAGCCUCUGGCCACAUCUGAUGCAGCGAAGAAAGAAAAGUCCAAGAGGAAGAAGCUGGAAGGAGGUUCCCACCGGGCAGGGUUCGAUGCAUUCAUGACCGGCUACAUCUUCUCCUAUGCUGCCACUCUGACAGAGAGAGUGGGUGAGCCACCGUGUUCAGAGUCCUGGCUCCCUGAGUGCCUGAACAAAGUUUACCUCAGUGGCAAAUCUGUCCCGAUGCAUAUUGUCAAAAGCACCUUCUCCAAGUCCUCCAAAGCUCACAUGCACAAGAUGGAUAUUGUGUGGGGAAAAAGCUUUUCUAGCAGUGUGGCAAGCAAAGCAGAGGGAACUGUAUAAACAUUCAAUGGAACCAAAUGUAUUCUUCAUUUAUAAAGCCUUUUUAGUUAGACAUGCUGUUGCACAUCUUAAAUGUUUGUUGAUACAGUAGGUUUCAAUAAAAAGGCUUUUCCUUGGUUAUGACAAA